CGUAUCCGCCCAAGCACGUGUGUGACGACCAACGGGAGCCACGGCGACUUGCCGCCGCAAAGAGGCAAGCAAGCCUCUAAGGGCGAGCCAUUCCUCGGAAUUUGGUUCACUUCUCUUCCAUUCGGUGCUUCAGUUCCAAGGUGAAAGCCUAACGACCAAGCCCCACGACGUCUAGGGAACAAAAUCAGUGUCUACACGCAUGCUCGCCAAGCAUAUUUGAACCUUCAUCAAGACGACCAUUUCAUUGUGGGAAGGUCAAAUCCAACACAGAACACCAUUGUUCAAUGCUUUGAGACAGCUCUUACGAUCCUAGUGAACCUGAAAUCAAAACCAUGAGUGCCAUGGCCAUGGCGACUCCGUCAGAUCGCGGAUUUCGAACAGUAUUUCGUCCCGCAUCCCAAUACUUUGUGAUCGACCAAGAGAAAGAGGAACAGUUUCAGGAAUGGCGGAAGAGACACAUUGAACGUCUGAAGAAGAGCGCCAAUAUCAAAGCCCGGGUUUACGAAUAUUGCUCCCAACCCCGAGUUCUGGAUCAACAAAGGCGUCCGCAAACGCAAAAUGUGACCAAGUUAUCGCCGAUCUACAACAACUCCGACUUUCGACUACAUCGACGCAAACGUUUAACCAAAACCCGCCCAAAACACCGAUCCACGUCCCAUGUUUCCAAAUUGGUGGACACAAGCUCCGAAGAAGGCGAUCGAACUGGCACCAGUAACACUUUGUCGUCAGGAACCAGUUUGAAUCCGUCGGAUGAGGGAUUUGCCAGUUUGAACAGUUCAGUGUCGUCACGUGGAGCGAAAAAGGCGGGAAAAGCUUCAUCAAGAGGCAAGAAAGGAAUCCCGCCGGAUAAACUGGAUUCUGUUAUUCAUGAAUUGGUCAUGGAGGUUAUAGAACAUUCUAUGAGCGAGGUCCGAUUGGAGGAACGGCAUAUAGCACAUUUAGUGAGCUCUAGCAGAGCUUAA